CACUCGCGACGACUCCGAGCGAAACCGAAACUUUCAUUAGCCUGAUUGUAUAGGCGUAAACGCCGCCAACGAACUUGUUCAUUAGCGACUUAAACUUGGACCCGAACAAGCUUCCGCUUCGAGAACCACUUUCGGUUCAUAGUAGAUGGCAUGUAUGCCAAACAUUAUGAAAUUUUCGGGGAAAAUUCAAGGAAAUCGCGUAAAUAAUUUGAUUAAACGUCUAAUACAUAAGGUUAUCGCGUAGCAGCUGCGUUUGUCGGUGCACGCGUUCGACCAAAUAUUACAGCGAUGUUUCUACCGGCUGAUUAACUCGUAAAUUGCGCGAAAUGAAAUUUCCUCCUAACUCGACGAUAUUUUGCGCAUCCUGACGCGCGAAAAAGAACAGAGUAAAACAAACUCGUUCCACGUAACGCAACUUUACUCUCGACUAUGAAAUCGCUCGAACGACGGCAUUAAUUAUUUCUAUUCGCGCCAUUAGCUGAUUAAGCGGGACAAUCGUCGAGGGAGGUUGGAAAAGGUGUGUCCUUUAACGUUAAGGAUUACCGAAUGUCUCGUUCGUUGCCGCGGAACUGCGUCGCUCGAUUCGAAAAUCCCUAUAUAGAAAUAUUACCUUAUAUUUGUUCGGAGAGCGAUAGUAAAGUUUUUUUCGCGAAAGUCAACGGGAAAGGCAAAGUCUCGAUUUCGGAAAUUUCAUCCUGCUCGACUCGAACUAUAGCGAGGCGCUAGGACGAUAGCGCUAUCGAAUCAGCGAGGAAGAUUCGAAUCGAAGGAAAGAAGCCGCGUUAAAGAAAGUAGCGUAGAGCGCGAAACGAUCGAAAGGAAAGGCGAAGCUCGUUAAAACACCCACGCUCUAAGAAGAACCGUGUAUGGAGCGUGUACGGAGCGUGUAGAGAGGCGACAUGCGCGUGCCACGAGGCUCGGCGUCGCGCCGCCUCCCGUCGUCUCCCGUCGUCCCCCAUCGCGCGUCGCGUCCACCGGAACAGGGAGAGUGCGCGUUCCUGAUCAGUAGCACACUUUCGUCGUGACGAGGAAAGUGAACGAGCGCGUCGCGUCGCGUCCUUUGCUCGGAGGUUCGUUCGCGUUGCUUCGCGAGAAGGAAAGCCGAGGGGAGAUCCGGCCAGGAGAGAAGUCGCCGGGAGAAAGGGAGAAACCUAGCCAAAGCCAACCGAGCUGUCGUUGUUUUUUUCGAAGAAAUCGCGCCGAAGGAUCGAAUCGUCCGAGAAAGCGGCGACGAUGAAUUACCGGACUUCCUCGUAAAAAUAUCUUCUGUUCUGUCCGAUCUGGCUACCGUCUACGUUUUACGAUCGAUCCCGAGGGUAGCAUCGCUGGACGAGCCGAAGGAUGAUCGAGAGAGUCGCGUGUCGACACCGUUGUUCCUUUCCGAGGGGAGGAUCGCGUCGGAUGAAUCACUGAACGGGCCGUGACGUUUCCACCGAAAGGGGAGAGACGAUCGAACCCUAAAGGCUUUGUUCCGAGUUUGCGGUAUGUUUUCGACACCGCGUGCCGAUCUACCGAAUAGAGGUCGUCCGGAAAGAGCCGCGAUGAGCGGACGCAACGAGAACGGCAUAUCCCUGACGACGCCUCCGGCGAUUCACGUUGGUCCUAUAGUGAAUCCGGGCACCAACGAGACGAUCUCGAUCGUGAUACCGUUAUCGGCGCAGUUAGCCACGGUCACCAGUCAGAAGAUCGAAAAGUCCUGCAAGGACUGUCGGAAAGACUCGAAACGGCCGGCGAGCAACAACAAUCGUCCGCGGAACGACGCGAGCAAGGGUUGCCCGUAUCCCGGUUGCAUCAGGUACGGCAGGGCAUUCUCCAGGGCCCACGACCUCAAGCGACACAUAGCCCGUCACGAGAUGAGGAAGGAGAAGCUGUCCGAUUACGAGAACGCGGGCAAACAACGGCAACGGAACGAUAGCGAAAUAGUUGCCGACGAGGAAGCCAAUUCCAAGUCCUACCGUUGCACGCGCUGCAACAACAAGUACGCCAGCGAGUCGAAGCUAAAGGCUCGCGCGAGCUCGCACGAAAAGGCGACGAGCAAGAACGCGUGUACCCUUUGCGGAGCGUGUUCGCGCGACGAAGAGCAGCUGAAGCAGCACGCUGCGUUGGACGGUCAGCCGGAGAAGGGCGAAGCACCGAGGAACGAGCAAGCGGACAAGGAGGACGACUUCCUGUUGGAAGAGAUGCUGCUACUGAAAAAAACUCCGAGAAGAAUACUCGAAAACUCGAAGAGCAGCUCGAACGGAGGAUCCAAGAUCAGAUGCGAUUAUUGUUCCAAGACGUUCAAGACCAAGUGGACGCUCAGUUCGCACGUAGCGGCUCACGAGGGUCGGUUUCAGUUCGAUUGCGGGCAAUGCGGCAAGAAAUUCGUCCGAAAGAGUCAUUACGAGGGUCACGUCAGGUCCCACGAAGCUGCGAGACCGUACGUCUGUGAACAGUGCGGGAAGACGUUCAAGGAACUGAAGCACAGAAGGGAACACGCGAAAAGGAAACAUCCGAGUAAUCAGAACGCUAUACAGACGCUUCUGGACAGCAUCGGCCCUUGCGGAUCCGAGGAACUGCCGGUCGAUCAGACCAAGUUCACGCUUCUGAUGCCGGUGAAUUUUUCGGUGUGAAACUCUCCCCUAUGUGCCUCGCGCUACACGAGAAGGGCCGUCCAUAUUUUCGAAGGAUAAGGCCCAGCCUGAAACCUACUUAGUUGCGUCGGUUUCGAAUGUACUUUUUAAAUUCGGUAAACUUCUCGAGUUUCUAAUGCUCCUACGUAAAAACAGGGUUUGUAAGAUUUUAACUAGGUCAUCGAUUUACUAGACUAGACGAUGAACUGUUUUAUAACGGACAGACCAAAGAGUUUUUCGCUAUGAUACGACGCAAAAUUCAUAAUGUACACUUGACGUUGCAAGACCGAAUCGAUAUGCUCGAAAGAAACUCCGAUACAACAAGAUAUAUAUAUAUACAAUGUGUGUGCGUGUGCGUAUAUAAUUUUUAACAACAAACUUUUAGACCAUUCCUGUAAAAGUUUCGUGUUCUUUGUCCAAAACGACGACGACGACGACAUUGAAUGACGGGUACAGUUAUACGAUGUAUAUACGCGAACGCGCUAAUAAAUCUACCGAGAGAGAUCUUGGUUAUUUUCCAUAAAAUAAAUAAACUGUUGAACGAUAGGAUCGUCGUUCACACCCUGUAGCCGUUCGUGAAACGAGAAUCGAAAGACCGUCUCGAUCGGAGGGAUGUUUUGUUUCGCCUUGUUUGACGUUUGAACUUUUAUGAAAUUUUUUACGCGAAGAUAACGAUUUUAUUUAGCGGCAAAUGCGCUAAUAUGCAACGAACGAGGCACGAUUAAAUGGUCCAACCACGGAGCUCGCGCUAGGAGCGAAAUUGAAAUUUCGUCCCUCGAAAGGAGAGUUCUCUUAGUCUCCUUCGAUCUUUCCAUAAAUGAUUCGAAAUGAACGCGAACAAGCGACAAAAGUUGCCGGCCACGAGAUGCGAACAGCGAGAGAAAUCGCUCGAGGAUUUGUCGCUGGUGAAAGAGGAGCGAGCCUACGCGUUGGAUACGCUUCCGGCGGAAGUGUUGGAAAUGAUACUACGGCUGUUGCCUCUUCGCGACGUGGCCGCUUCUGUACGAUUGGUUUCCAGGUGAUUUACUCGUUCAGCGGCAUCGUCGCGCGUGCGAAUCUCUCGA